AUGGCUGUCAACAGCCAUGGCCCGCUCCACUCCUGCCAAUGUCUCAAUGUCCAGAUAAUACCUCAGCCUCACCAACAAGGCCCACCCGAUUUUCUGUCUCGUUCAGUCUCUGACUCAGAAUACACACUGACGUAUGUCGCUGAUGAGGGACUCUCCAUCGCUCACCCUCAAGUCACCAUGCGGACGAGAAAGCUCGGGCCACCCAGUUCGGAUACCUCUCGACGCUUUCGAUACACCACUCUAUCUUGUCUUAUUUGCCGAGCCCUGGUUUACCGAGUCACCCAACUAGUUCCUCUCGAUGUCGAGGGCCAAGAAGGGCCUCUCCUUCCGUCGCACGACUGGGUGGAGCAGGAGACACUGAAGAGCAUCUCGGGCUGGAUCGAAGUUCAUAAGGACUGUUUGCAUGCGGGUGCCAUUUCUGAGGCGUUGUCUUCAGUAUCCUACUCUCCAACAUUUUCUAUCAUUGUGCCUCCCGUUACCCCAGUAACCGCUGAAGAACAGGAAAGAUAUAUAUUUGUCCCCUCUGCUGAGCCGUCUCCACCACGUCAUACUGUCCCUGCGAUAUCUUUUCUCUCGAACCUCCGUCCCUUGUUCCCCCCGGUGCCUUUCAUUCCAUCGCAUCCCGUUUUCUCUCAUCUUUCAUCUGUAGCAACAGGCAAAUCCGAAGCCCUCCGGAUAGCUGCCGAAGAGUAUCUCGCAAAGGUUGUCGAGGAUCAGUUAGCGGAGAUUGAGCGAGCAGAAGAUAAAUUGCGGAAGGAUGUUGAGGGUCUGUGGAAGAACUUUAUUGACGGCAUAGCCCAAGUGGAAAAGGCACGAAAUCUGACCAUUGACGGAACUUCAACCCGGAGAAGGGAUAGUGUAAGUCGCGCAAGCCGCCCACGAGUUAGUCUCGUACUACGUGAUUUUAUUCCUGCUUCUAGCCCAGUUCCUCGGGCGCUAUCUCCCGCGUCAGUUCCGCGAGUUUCAUCGCUGUCAGCAUCUCUGGCUACUUCCGCCUUCUACCACCCUCGAGCUCAAAACCAACCGACCUCGCGUGUACAUAGCACCAGCCCUCCCUCUCCUCCACCUUAUUCUUCUAAUCCCUCUUCAUCAGGCUCAGCUGACAGUCCCCCGCUUACCUCAUCUGAUUCUUCUUCUCGGUCAUUUUCUCAAAUCAAUGGUGAAAAUAUUCUCCAGCCGUUUAGGCGCAGUAUGGAUGAAGCCAAGGAUGUAGCCACUAGUUUCCGGUAUUUUACGAAUCUGGAAGCUGACAUGGCUCGAGUGCGACAGCAGAACGCCAGUGAUUCCGAAGAUAAAAGCGCCUGGACUAAUGAUCAAGCCAAUGCAAGUCAGAGUGGGAAGAUGGAGCAGAAGAAUGGCGGCUCUGCAUCGCAGGCUAAGGAAGAGCGGUAUAGAAAAGCAGACCCUGAGCCUGGACAGGACAGUGGAUCAAAGGGGAAGAGAAAGGUUACUUUUGACGUCAAGCCGGACGUAGUCACCAUCAAUGGUGGCAACACCGCUGUGAAUGGGGAGAAGAAGACGGAGGAACCCAAGCAAAACGGUGAUUCUCUAGAUAUGAUAUUUGACUUGGAAGAUGAAAAGAGCGAGCGUGGAUCGUUUGACUUUGCAGCCAAGCCUGUUUUACCCCUGAUCGAACCUCCUUAUAUCCCUGCGAGGCCACCACGAACGCGAGUACCGAGUAAUUCCGGCUUGCCUGUGGCGCUGUCAUCUUUACGUCCCGCAUCAUUACCCGCCCCAUCGACUAUCCGAUCACUCACAGCGGAAGGCCAGAGCUCACCGAGAGCAUCCAACCUCAUGUCUCUACCUCGUAUUGCGGAACCGGAGCCAGACGAGCACUCAGAACGCUUUGAUUCUCGUGAAGAGGAGAUUUUGAAACUGGUCGCAGCAAACACGCCUAGCCAUCGAGGUGCUUGGAAGCGAAAUAGUAAAGCAUGGCAAGUUUUUGUUCGACGUCAGGGCAAAAAUCAAAGUGCUUCCGGAGCUUUCAUCCCUGAAGAAAACGAAGAUGAGGGAGCUUUCCACAACACAAUAGACACUGAUGACAGUGAUUCAGAUAUUUAUAACGAUCAAGGAUGGAAUCCGAAUGCAGGAGUUCCCGCAUCUCUUCCUAUCACUAUCGGUUCUUUGAAGCAUCCCAGACCACCGCUUUCGUUGGCGUCGUAUCAACCAAAGGCGACUUUAUCUGAUCCAAGCACGCUGGUACCUCCUCUUCCUGGUGCUGGGCGUUCGCUGUCUUCAUCAGCUUUCCGAAAAGCAUCAUACGCCGAGCGUGAUCGCAGUCGGCUGAUGGAUCCUGGAGCACUCGAUUUUGUAGCACAGGGAGAUGAAGACGAGGACGAGAGUGACAGCGAAGACGAGCCGUCUAAAGCUGAUGCCUUUGAAGGCGGUCGUGGUCGUCAGCGUGCGUUCAAAAUCUUGCAGGCACGCAGCAAGAUACCUGCCGCAGGUCCAAAAAAUUCCGAUGGAUAUGUCACGGUGACCGCCCAAGGAGAGGGCGUUCACGUUUUGGAUGUUUCAACUCUGCAUCCUAUCGUUUCUUAUUCCCAAGGAUCGCACACCACUUUUUCUGCACCUGCGGUUACUCGCCACACCCUGGAAGAUGGUGAUCACAUAUGCACAACCUACACCAUCGUCAACUGUUCUCCCGAGGUCAUAUCAAAAGAACAAAACCGGACGAUAUGGAUCACUCAGCAGAACCUUUCAAACAAUUCAGACAGGGGAGAGAAACGAUCUGUAGUGGUAUCUCAUGCAGUCUCUAGAAUCUAUGUGCUUCAAGAAUCGCCAUGCAGACUCCUUUUGGUAUUCUCAAAUGGUGAUAUUGGAGUUACAGACGCAGAAUUGACUGUGCAACACUCGCUCGAGAGCUCAACUAAGCAGUCUCCUGUAGAGACCUUCAUCUUCCCCCGAAAAGCCUGCGAUUUCCUGCCUCAAAAUCAAGCAACAUCGUCUGACUAUAUUCUUCUAUCAGUCUUCUCAACUGACUCGUUGACUUGCGUACACUCGACGGCAAUUGGUGGAGACGAAGGGCUUGCUCGGCUUGGCGAAAUCGACAUACCACUCAAUGGAACCAUGAAAAAAUAUGACUCUCGCGUUAUAGGCAUCUCAUGUACCGCUUCUGGUGCUGUUACCCUCUUGAGUGGUUCUGCUUUACUAUCUUCUUACCAACUUUCGUACUCGAAUGAGGGAACACUUGUGGCCAUUCCCGUGCGCGAGCCGAUCCGUUUAGCACGCCUAGCCCUAGGGAAAAAUCCGUCUUAUCAACGUGCCGUUUCGCUGUUAUCAUUGAGCGCAUCGUCAGUGCUGCUAGCUGCCCUCACGAGUUCACCGGCCUCUGAAAUUACCCUCCUACUGUGGGACAUGCAAUAUGGCGUACUCGUUGCUUCUCAGUCUAUGCCUGUUCCUUCGUCGCUGGUUCAAAAUCACUCUCAGAGUCCUCAUCUAAGCCUUACUUUUUCAAACGAGCAUCAGAUUCUCCUUGCCCUAUCUCCCGAAGGCGCUUCUGGAAAAUCGACGUCGCAAAAGACAUCUUCUCGCUCUACCAUUUACAUCGUUCCAUUGAACGCCUCAUUUAAAUCAAGUCUUGCAAAUGCAAUGGGCAAAACUUCCGAAACCGCCGCAUGGUUGGCUCAGCCCGAGCAACGUUCAAGUGCGUCCGUGCAAGGGGAUGACGGUCGCGCAAAACUCCUCCAAGCUAUACGGUCAUUAACUAGUCAGGAUGAAUCGCAUAAAGCUGAUGAAGCAUUUUUCAAAUGGAUUGGCGAUCACACCCCUGGUCACGGCAAUAAAAAAUCUGAGCCUCGCGGACAUUCAUCCCCCCAACUUGGCCGCGAGUUUGUCAAGGAAAUCCUCCACAUUAUAUUACAGCCCGAUAACACAGCAACCAUCAAGUAUUCUCCCAGAGUUGUACAUUCUCUUUUGGACAGAGGUGUUGUAAGUGCUAGUAUGAUAGAGAAAGGACUAUUACGUGUCCUGUGGUCACGAAAUGACUGGGAAAAUAUUCUCCGAACAUUGGAUACUGUCGUGGACAUCCCGGAAGGAGAAAUGAUGUUUCUUCUCAAAGCAGUCAUAGAUUUUCAUCACACAAGCAAUACCACAGAGUCGCUUGACAGCAAUGCAAUGCAAGUUGAUUCAAGACAAACGUGGACGCCACCACUAGCGACAUAUCUUUCGGCAUGCAUAACGUACUCAACUUCUCCAGCGGCCUUGCGUCUCGCAAUCCGGGAACAUUUAUCAGACGCACGAGACUUAGUGUACAUACUAGAGAUAUUGGAAGGUUGGAUGAUGGGUGGGACUGAGGAUUAUAUUGAGCAGCUCUUGCGAAGCAUAGCACAUAAUUCACGGUUCGAGUAUCGUUCAAGUGCUUCCCCCCCAUAUCACAAGAUCGUGUUGUUCUUGCAAGUGCUACUAGAUGCUUCGUUCUUGGCGCUUCUACAAUACCAACCCUCGCACGAUAUCCUACGAAGGAUAAUGUCUUAUGUUGAACCCGAAGUAGUACUUUUUGAACGCAUGGAGCAUCUGCGAGGAUCAUUGGAGCAGUUCGUGCGGAUACAAGCGAAAAGCAGGCAAGGAAGCGGACGGCCAGAAGUGGUCAGUGAUGAUAGGCGUAGGAGCAGAAAAGGCCGCAAAUUUGCUGAGCCUGAUAUAGGAAUGUACCGUUUAGAGGAACUGGUAAUCUAG